CGCGCUCACGGUCGCUGAGGGUUCACUCGCUGCACGAUGGCGGAGGGAGGCGGACCCAAGUCGGGUAACGCUUCGGACCCUGACGAGAAGCUGGUGAUCGCACAGACACCAGUACCAUCCACCGAAAGUCAAAAGCAGAGCAUCGGCACACUGCUGAAGACGCCACUUCGAAAGGGAGAUGAAUGGUAUUUGAUUGACAGCCGGUGGUUCAAACAGUGGAAGAAAUAUGUGGGCUUUGACAGCUGGGAUUUGUACAAUGUUGGAGAGCACAAUCUGUACCCGGGACCCAUUGACAACUCUGGACUCUUUUCAGAUCACAAGUCCCAGACAUUGAAAGAGCAUCUCAUAGAUGAGUUGGACUAUGUUUUAGUUCCUACAGAGGCCUGGAAUAAGCUGGUCAGCUGGUAUGGCUGUCUGGAGGGUCAGAAACCCAUCAUCAGAAAGGUUGUUGAACAUGGAAUGUUUGUGAAGCACUGUAAAGUGGAAGUGUAUUUGCUUGAGUUGAACCUGUGCGAUAAUGACAACAUGGACAAAGUUGUUACCCACCAUUUCAGCAAAGCUGACACUAUAGAUACUAUUGAAAAGGAAAUGAGGUCUUUAUUCGAUAUCCCAUCUGAAAAGGAAACUCGACUUUGGAAUAAAUAUAUGAGUAACACUUACGAACAACUUAACAAGCUUGACAGCACUGUACAGGACGCAGGGCUUUUUCAGGGCCAGGUUCUUGUUAUUGAGAAGAAGAAUGAGGAUGGCACAUGGCCCAGACAGACCUGCCAUUCCAAGUCCAGUACUUCCACCUCUCGGAAUUAUACAACCUCCCCAAAACUCUCUUCUAACUCAUCUGCCACCAUAUCCUCCACAAUAACAAACGGGGAUAGCAAUAGCAACUCUGGCUACAUGCUGAACAGCAGUACUUCUGGUAACAGACUGGGAAGUUACAACUCCUACAGCUCCUCUUACAGUUACAGAGAAUCUUCCGCUCAGGAAGGCCUCUGUGGUCUGAGCAACCUGGGCAACACCUGCUUCAUGAACUCUGCUCUCCAGUGCCUGAGCAACACUCCCCCUCUAACGGAAUAUUUCUUGGAAGACCAGUACGAAGCUGAGAUCAACCGGGAAAAUCCAUUAGGGAUGCGAGGGGAGAUUGCAGAGGCCUACGCGGAUCUGGUCAAACAGAUGUGGCUUAGUCAGAGCAGUUAUGUGGCUCCACGCACUUUUAAAACCCAGGUGGGCCGGUUUGCCCCGCAGUUCUCAGGGUACCAGCAACAAGACUCUCAGGAGCUGUUGGCCUUUCUGCUGGACGGCCUACAUGAGGACCUUAACCGUGUUAAGAAGAAGCCUUAUCUGGCCCUGAGAGAUGCUGAGGGACGGCCUGAUGAGAUUGUAGCCAAGGAAGCAUGGGCGAAUCACCGGUUGCGGAACUAUUCUGUAAUCGUGGACAUCUUCCAUGGCUUGUUCAAAUCUACGCUGGUUUGCCCAGAAUGCUCCAAAGUUUCCGUUACCUUUGACCCCUUCUGCUACCUCACACUGCCCCUGCCCAUGAAAAAGGAUCGCACUAUGGAGGUGUUCCUGGUCCGCACUGACCCGCAGUUUAGACCCAUGCAAUAUCGUGUAGUUGUUCCCAAAAUGGGUGUAGUGGCAGACCUGUGCAGCGCUUUGGCCAAGCUAUCUGGAAUUCCUUCAGAGAAUAUGGUUGUGGCAGAUGUUUACAAUCACAGAUUCCACAAAAUCUACAAACGGGAUGACGGUCUCAAUCACAUCUUGGAGAAGGAUGACAUUUUUGUUUAUGAGGUGUUAGAGGAAGAUAGUGAGAAGAUGAACCUGCCAGUGUACUUCAGAGAGAGGCAUGCUAAGCACAGCGGAGGCGCUUCGGGCACAAUGCUCUUCGGCCAGCCUCUCCUCAUCACUAUCCCACGCCACAACCUUACCAUGGAUACCCUCUAUGAGCGCGUGCUGGAGAGGAUCGGGCACUAUGUUAAACGUUCACAGGGUACCAUUACUGACAGUAGAGCAUCUGCCUCGGCCACUUCCUCUAGCAGCAGCCAAUCACCAGAAUGCCUAGCUUCAGUUUCCAGUCAUAUCACUGGCCUGAGUGACUGCAGCAGCCCAGUUUCAGAUGGAGCUUCCUGCAGUGCUGGAUCCAACAACAGCAACCACUCUGGAACCUGCAACGGCCCCAAUGGAAUUUGUGAUGGUGAUGAGGAAGCCAUGGAUCACCAGGAGAGUCCAGAACCAGAGAACAGCCAUUCAGACACUGUAGAUGGAGAGGAGGAAUCAGAACCAGAACCAGAACCAGAGAAUGGGCCCAAUAGCAGUGGUGGAAAAUCUUUUACUUCUCGGCCAAAACUCUUUUCUUUCAGCAUGGUCAACUCCUACGGCACAGCCAACAUUAGUUCUGUCCCAUUUGAUGGCAAUCUCCUAAAGCUCACAACUCACUCUACAGUAGCCAUGGAUUGGGACUCAGACACAAAGAAAUUGUGCUACGACGACCAGGAGGCUGAGGCCUAUGACAAACAUGAGAGCAUGCUACAUGCUCAGAAGAAGAAGACUACAGUAGCUUUACGAGAAUGCAUAGAACUCUUUACUACAAUGGAGACCCUAGGAGAACACGACCCCUGGUACUGCCCCACGUGUAAGAAACACCAGCAGGCCACAAAGAAGUUUGACCUAUGGUCUCUCCCACGCAUUCUGGUCGUGCAUCUGAAGCGCUUCUCUUACAACCGCUGCUGGAGAGACAAGCUCGACACUGUUGUAGACUUUCCAAUUAGGGACUUGAACAUGUCAGAGUUUGUUUGUGACCCCAAAGCUGACCCAUAUGUCUAUGACCUCAUUGCUGUUUCCAACCAUUAUGGAGGAAUGGGCGGAGGCCACUACACGGCAUACGGCAAGAACAAGAUGGAUGGAAAAUGGUAUUACUUUGACGACAGCAGUGUGUCGUCUUCAACUGAGGAUCAGAUUGUGACUAAAGCAGCCUAUGUGCUCUUUUACCAACGCAGAGAUGCAGACACACUGUCCAAAUCCACCCCCUCCACAUCACUAGGUGGAGCUCCAGAGACCCUGGAUGACCACAUGGACACCAACUGAGUUUCUUUUAGUCUUUCAGUGACUGGCACUGAAACAAAAACUACAUAAAGAUGAAAUCAUCAAUGCAUCAAUGCACAUCCCUGGCUACUUCAGUGACUAUUAAAGGCUCACAAACAGGCCCUUUGUUUUUAGCUUUAUUUUAAUUUUUUCUUUCUUUCACACAUGCGUCUUUAUCAAGAGCCAAAAAAAGAAUAUUAAUAAUAAAUAAAGAGAAUUUUAGUUUGAAGCUUGACAUGAAAGACUUUAUUCUUGGACCUUGAUGCCUGCUGAUCAUAGAAGCUCAUUUCUUUUAGUCUGAAAUGAGGGUGAAACGGCAAUAUAACCUCUCUUUGGACGACAUGAAUGUUAGAUGAACUAGACCAGGAGAGGGGAAAUGCCUAGACAUAGACUAUGUAUGCAACAUUACGCUCAUCUGAAAUGUUUCAAUUAUGCCUCUACCCACUUAUGUUGGACUCUAGCUAUCAGCAUCUUGUAACAUGUGCCUCCUGUGAAGAAUAGACUCUGUGAUUAAUAACCUAAGCAUAUGGUGAUAAGCACAGAGAUUCUCUUGGAGAAGCUUGCGCUCUUAUAUUAAAUAUUGUCUCCAUGUUUCAUUUAUCCUAUCACAAGCCACACUUUUUGUUAAAAAUAUACCAUGCCGGAGAGUGAAAUAUUUAACUUUAUUAUCAUGUUGAUUUUUGGGGGGGCUGCUCUCUAAUAUAUUCACACUAACAGCCUUUUAUGCCCCAAAAACUGAAAAUGGAAGCUUAUGAAAAUGAUAUGUGGAAUAACGCAAGUCACAGUUGUGCUCAACGCUGUUCCGAAGCAUUUUUUUUUUUUCCAGAUAUGAUGGUUUGUGCUUUGUAAUAAUAUAUUUUUAUUUGUGUUUUUUUUCCGGUGGAUUUUUCUGCUCUCUAAAUGGCUUCAGUCCAGAGGAGUAUUGAAAGUGGUGCUAAAUUUAUGACCCUUGAACAGGUACAAGUACAUGGCAGAGGAACAUAAAGAAUGGCCGUUGUUUUAAUUAAGAACAACCUCAUAGACACAAAGAAUAUCUUUUAUCAUUACCUGUAGAUUUACAUUGGCACAUCUGCCAUGUGAUUAGUUGUGGCAUUAUGUGUGUCAGAUUGCUUUAGCAACAACUCGAAGCUUGAAAGACAAAUGCUUCAUAUUGCUAAGAACAUAAUACAAGAAGCAUAUUCUUUUUUUGUGUGUGGCAAAACAGCAUGCAAUUUUUGAAUCUGCAAAACUAGAUGGUCGAUUCUGGUGUUUACCUUUCUAUGGUAUUAGCAGUCAUUGACUGGUAAAUCCACUAUCGUUGUUAUUUAUGGAUCCAGCUAUAAAACGUAAGACACCAAACUGAUCAUUGACUCAAGCUGCACCCCUGCAGCUCCUUCAUUAGUGAAACAUCUAUUUAAAAAUUUUUUUUGUUUUUGUAAUUUCAUAGACCUUUCUUGCAUAGAUGUACAUAAUCAUAAUCUGGGGCACAGUACAUAGCUGCUUUGUGUUCUGCUAUUUAUCAUGCCAACAUGUGCAACACCAGAUUUUGAUUAAAGCCUAUUUGAAUUGAAAAUAUAAUAAAAUGUGGAAGCCUGGUUAUAGAUAAUGGCUUUGUUU